AUGGCAUCCUCCUCAUCAGCGUCCUCGCUCUUUGCGACAGAAUGUCUGCUCUACUCCACAGCCUCAUCCUCCUCUCUGGUAGGAUCCAUGGGUCUCACAACCGUUGCAGCACCAUCUUCGACUUCACCACUCUUCACAUUCAAAGGUGUUUCUGAUCCAUCUUUUCACUCGGUCAGCGUCAUUCCAACUUCACCCAACCCAGCGAUCUCGGGCACGGGCGGUCUCGUCUUCCAGCUCGAGAACAACAAGGCAACACUCAACGUCUUCUCAUGGCAGCGUGAUCAUCCACUUCAGCGAAUUAUCCUUCCAUCAAAGCUUUCCUGCGUCGCAUGCUCGCCGAACGGCGAACUGGUGGCCGGUGGUUCCUUCGAUGGCCGCAUCUUCCUGUGGCAGAUUGCGACAGGAGACCUUCUCGCUUCCUUCGACGCUCACUAUCGCUCCAUCACCGUCAUUAAGUGGACUCAGGAUGGUGCAGGUCUCGUCACUGGCUCCGAAGAUUCCCGAAUCCUAGUUUGGAGUUUGGCCGGCCUCCUCGCUCCCCAUGAUCAGACAAGCUCUUCUAUCACCAGCUCCGAACACAACCCAACUCCCUACUGCUCACUCGCCGAUCACAACCUUGGCAUCACCGAUCUACAUGUCUCGGGCGGCCGCUUCCCUCAUCAGAUCACCAUCCUUUCCAGCUCUGCAGACGCAAGCGUCAAGCUGUGGGAUCUUCGAACAAGAAGUCUCUUGAGCACCUUCAUCUUCCAGCAGUCAAUACACAGAGUCCACCUCGACUGCACCGAGCGAUUCUUCUUCGCUGCCACCUCUCCGGACUCAAACGAUAAUCUCAUCUACCGCAUCGACCUCUUCCGCAAACGUGACGCAUCUAGCAGAAUGGUCGAGACCAAGGUCGCUAGCUCGGGGACUCAGUUCGAUUUUGUCACCGAGGAGCUCCGAGGAGCAACUUCUGUCGAAGCAUAUGGCUUUGGCUCUGGCGCUGGUUCGACCACAGAACGUAUCCCGUCUGUCAAUGAUGCGGCAGAUCGUGCAACUGCCAACCGAUCGAGCAUCAUCUCAAUCCGCGAACCCAUUUCUAGCUUGUGUCUCUCCUCCAAUUCCACCUCUUUGCUCGUUGGUAGUCUCUCUGGUAAGCUGUACGUCAUCGACGUGUCCAACUCUCAAAUCAUUCGUGAGUUGUCUCUCUUGGGCAACGCCAAAACUAGCGCAAUCACAGGCAAGAAUGCAGUGACCAAUCUCAUGGUCCUUCCCAAGCCACGAGACUUGCUUGGUCAUUGGGAGACAUCUACCUCGUCUGGUGCAGGCAGCGCCAUGAACGCAUCUGGCGGUGCAGGCCCCUCUGCUACUCCUGCCAACAUCCCGGUUCGCCCUAUCGCCAACUUCAGCCGUCACGUCCUCGCAUCAGAAGAAGACCGACUUGCUACACCGUACCUCACACGCAUCGCCGGCGGCAGUGCUACAGCCAACUUCGGCGAGGGCGAGGUCGACAACUUUAUCGACCCCGAGUGGGACAGUAACCUCGUCUCAAAUGAUCUUUUUGGCUCGUACUCGUCUGCUGUACGUUUAUCCGCGCAAGGUGGAUCUGGUGUUGGAGGAACGCAGUCGAGCACACAAAUCCAAGUUGCUCAGCAGGCAGAGCGUUUGAACCGGGAGAACAAGCUAUUGCGCUCGCAGUUGCAGCAGGCUAAAGCGAUCAACGACGAGAUGUGGUCGCGUUUGGUACAAGAUCGUCUUUCCGCAAGUCAGGUCCAGAGCGCAGCAAGCUAUUAG